AGCCCAUGCGGGCCCCCAAAGGUCUGGCUUUCUCUGAAAUCCAGUCCAGGCAGCUGACGUUGCAGUGGGAACCCCUGGGCUACAACCUGACCCGCUGUCACACCUACACCGUCUCGCUCUGCUACCGCUAUUUCGUGGGCACUGGCCACAACCAAACCUUCCGUGAGUGUGUGAAGAUGGAGCGUAACGCCAACCGCUACACCAUCAAAAACCUGCUGCCCUACAAGAACAUCCACGUCAAGCUCAUCCUCUCCAACCCUGAGGGUCGCAAGGAGGGCAAGGAGGUGGUAUUCCAGACGGAUGAGGAUGUGCCCGGCGGCAUUGCCUCGGAGUCCCUCACCUUCACGCCGCUGGAGGACAUGAUAUUUCUGAAGUGGGAGGAGCCGGUGGAGCCCAACGGCCUCAUCACACAGUAUGAGAUCAGCUACCAGAGCAUCGAGUCCUCUGACCCAGCGGUCAACGUGCCCGGCCCGCGGCGCACCGUCUCCAAACUACGCAACGAGACCUACCAUGUCUUCUCCAACCUCCACCCCGGCACCACCUACCUCUUCUCAGUCCGGGCCCGCACCGGCAAGGGUUUUGGUCAGACGGCACUCACCGAGAUCACCACCAACAUCUCCGCUCCCACCUUCGACUAUGGGGACAUGCCGUCACCGCUGAGCGAGUCAGAGAGCACCAUCACCGUGCUGCUGCGGCCAGCGCAGGGCAGAGGGGCUCCCAUCAGCACCUACCAGGUCAUUGUAGAAGAAGACCGGCCCAAGAAGCUCAAGCGGGAGCUGGGUGGGCAGGAGUGCUUCCCGGUGCCGCUCACCUUCGAUGACGCUGUGUCCCGUGGCUCUGUACACUACUUCGGGGCUGAGCUGCCCGCCAGCAGCCUCACAGAGGCCAAACCCUUCACCGUGGGGGACAACCAGACCUACAGCGGCUACUGGAACCCACCGCUGGAGCCUAAGAAGGCUUAUCUCAUCUAUUUCCAAGCCAUGAGCAACCUCAAAGGGGAAACCCGGCUGAACUGUGUCCGGAUCGCCCGCAAAGCUGCCUGUAAAGAGAGUAAGCGUCCCUUGGAGGUGUCGCAGCACUCGGAGGAGAUGGGCCUGAUCCUGGGGAUCUGUGCCGGAGGGCUCAUCGUCCUGAUCAUCCUCCUGGGAGCCAUCAUUGUCGUCAUUCGGAAAGGAAAACCCGUCAACAUGACCAAAGCGACCAUUAACUACCGGCACGAGAAGACGCACAUGAUGAGUGCCAUCGACAGGAGCUUCACCGACCAGAGCACGCUGCAGGAGGACGAGCGCCUGGGGCUCUCCUUCAUGGACACCCACAGCUACGGCAACCGGGGUGACCAGCGCAGCAGCAUGGUCAACGAGUCCAGCAGCCUGCUGGGGGGCUCCCCCCGCCGCCAGUGUGGCCGCAAAGGCUCCCCGUAUCACACUGGGCAGCUCCAUCCCGCUGUCCGGGUGGCAGAUCUUCUCCAGCAUAUCAACCAGAUGAAGACGGCAGAAGGCUACGGCUUUAAGCAGGAGUACGAGAGUUUCUUUGAAGGCUGGGAUGCUUCGAAGAAGAAAGACAAGACCAAAGGGAGACAGGAUCACGUGUCGACAUAUGAUCGUCACCGAGUGAAGCUGCACCCGCUCCUGGGUGAUCCCAACUCAGACUACAUCAACGCCAACUACAUUGAUGGCUACCACAGGUCCAACCACUUCAUAGCCACUCAAGGGCCCAAGCAGGAGAUGGUGUACGACUUCUGGCGCAUGGUGUGGCAAGAACACUGUUCCAGCAUCGUGAUGAUAACCAAGCUGGUGGAGGUGGGCAGGGUGAAAUGCUCCAAAUACUGGCCGGAUGACUCCGAGAUGUACGGGGACAUCAAGAUCACCCUGGUGAAGUCAGAGACGUUGGCUGAGUACGCCGUCCGCACCUUCGCUCUGGAGAGGCGGGGCUACUCAGCCCGGCACGAGGUGAAGCAGUUCCACUUCACGUCGUGGCCCGAGCACGGGGUCCCCUACCACGCCACGGGGCUGCUGGCCUUCAUCCGCAGGGUGAAGGCAUCCACGCCGCCCGACGCUGGCCCCAUCGUCAUCCACUGCAGUGCCGGCACAGGGAGAACUGGCUGCUACAUCGUGCUGGACGUCAUGUUGGACAUGGCCGAGUGCGAGGGCGUCGUGGACAUCUACAACUGCGUGAAGACCCUGUGCUCACGGAGGAUCAACAUGAUACAGACGGAGGAGCAGUAUGUCUUCAUUCAUGACGCCAUCCUGGAAGCCUGCCUGUGCGGGGAGACCAGCAUCCCCGCCAGCGAGUUCAAGCCCACCUACAAGGAGAUGGUGAGGAUAGAGCCGCAGAGCAACUCCUCACAGCUGCGGGAGGAGUUCCAGACCCUGAACUCGGUGACUCCCCACCUGGACGUGGAGGAGUGCAGCAUCGCCCUCCUGCCCCGCAACCGGGAGAGGAACCGCAGCAUGGAUGUCCUGCCACCCGACCGAUGCCUUCCCUUCCUCAUCUCCGUGGAUGGAGACAGCAACAACUACAUCAAUGCGGCCUUAACUGAUAGCUACACCAAGAGCGCUGCCUUCAUCGUCACCCUGCACCCGCUGCAGAACACCACCACCGACUUCUGGCGGCUGGUGUAUGACUAUGGCUGCACCUCCAUCGUCAUGCUCAACCAGCUCAACCAGUCCAACUCUGCCUGG